AGCCAUAUACCGUAUUGUGUGUUGGUACCGAUCAAAGAGCUGCUGGUUUCCAGUGGUUCUCUCAUAUUGUUCGCCACAUUCUGAGCUGACAAUGAGCGCGUCUGCUAAUGCGCGUCAGUUUGGAAGCACUUUCGUUCAGGAAGAGAGUUACGAGAAAAAGGAAGAGGAAGAGCUGCUGGGCAGAAAAGAUGAAGGCAGCAGCAUCAGGACUGCAAAGCAGAAGGGUGAGUUGAAGAGCUUGUCCCAGGUGGUUUCAGCCAGCGUCCUCAGACACACACAGCGGGUGCUGAAAAGAGAGGCUGCUCUUUGGCACAGAGCACUUGUCAUGGAGCGCCGAGCAGCACUGCUGGAUCUUCUGGAACAGGACAGACAACAGUACACAAUGGAGCUCAAUCAGAUGGGGAAAGCUUUUUACAUGCUAAGGAUCUAAACACACAUUGUUUUUCAUUGUUGGAUGAGAUCAUUCCUCUGGUUAGUUUUAUUUGUCCCUAAUAUUUAAUGGAUCACUGAACCUUUUAAACUGUAACAUGGCUUAGUUUUGCAUUAGGCAUACCAACAAUAUCGCUAGCAAAAAAAGUAUAUAGUUUGAUAGCUAUAUGAAGAGUAUUUUAACUGAAUGAAAUAAAACCGGUUUCACACCCUGUAACUUGAAUGAAUGGGAACCCUAGCAGGUGUAAUUAUAGUACUAUCGCUUGAUUAGACAAUGUUUGA